GCAGAGCAGUGUCGGUACAAGCGGUCUGCUGGAGAUCGUUCCCCCUGAAAAAGAAACUAUAAGUGCUGCAUAUUCUGAUGGGGGAUUACGGAUUUGGACUGAACACGAACAUAAGAGCACUUUCUCCUGUAGACUUUGAUCAGUUGUCCAACAACCAGUCGUUAUUUUCACCCGAUUUUGAUUCUCCGCGUACGAUGCAAGAUGAAACACUGCUCGAGAAACCUGCUGCUAAGCAGUCGCAGCAGCUGUCACCGAAUACAACCAGCAAUGGCUCCCACCAGAUCUUGAUAGAGGACUCGGUGUCGAAGAGAGGUAAGACAGAGAAUUCUAGUCCUGUGAAUGACGAGAAAAAAUCCGAACCUUUGAGCUCGGUGUCCUCUCCGUUACAGUUAGGUCUGUCAGAGCACGGCACCUCAAUCAACACAUCUUUAGCUUCUGCUCCUGCAAAUUUUUGGCCUACUGCCACCCCAGCGGGGCCAGAUGAUACAUUUUUACAGGGAUUCCAGGCCUUGAACGGAACAGUUACCUUUCAACAUUUUCCUCCUGCUCCAAAUACUGUUUUCAACACCAAUUUACCACCACAUAUGGGAAUGAAUGUACCCCAGCAGCAGCCGCAUCAGCCAAGGAGAGCCAUUACUGGCCACCACAACUUCCCUCAGAACCAGAGACAGCAUCAGCAAUCUAACAUGAUUUUGAAUAAUUCCAAAUCAUAUCCAACAUGGAGUAGUGCUCCUCAGCAAACACCAUCAUGGACAGGGCAACAGAACCAGGCUACCUUGUCGCCGUGGGGAGGCAUUCAGCAGCAGCACAGGAGAUCAGCCCCCAACCUGCAGGGUAAUCCCAUGGCUUCUUUGAAAAAGAAUUUCCCUCAGAAUCUGAAUCAUCAUCAUUCAUCCAUCAUAGCCCCGUCCAAGUUUCGUCGGAGUACCUCAUAUCCUGGGCAUAUUCAGCAAGGACAAGUUGGUUCGAAACAGUCUUAUGAAAUUUCAGGAAUUGAUGACUUUCAUAGAGACGGAAUUCCCUCUUUCCAGGACCGCAGUGGCACAUAUGACACCAUGCGAUUUCCAUCUUUGGAAAGCCAUCUUCUAGACAUUAUGCGCUCAACAGCUGAUUCCUCAGAACACAUGAAGGCCCGGACUUAUGGAAGAAGACAAGGAAAGUUUCCAUUCACUUGUAAUGCUUUCACUGAGGAGAAUACAAUACUUGAUGACAGCUGUUUGGAUCAGACAGUACCCAACCUGUCUCCUCGUGGCUCCCCCAGUUCUCAGCCUGGAAUGGAAAGAGUAGAGCGGUUUUCUCGUAAAGUUUUUGUUGGGGGGCUGCCACCUGAUAUUGAUGAGGAAGAAAUUACAGCAGCUUUUAGAAGAUUUGGGCCUCUUGUGGUAGAUUGGCCACACAAGGCUGAGAGCAAGUCAUAUUUUCCCCCUAAAGGUUACUGUUUCCUGUUGUUCCAAGAUGAAAUGUCUGUCCAAGCCUUGAUAGAGUCCUGCAUUCUUGAUGAUGACAAGCUGUACUGGUGUGUCUCCAGUCCCACAAUGAAAGACAAACCAGUUCAGAUACGACCAUGGAGCCUCAGUGAUUCUGAUUUUGUGAUGGAUGGUUCCCAACCUCUUGAUCCCAGAAAGACAAUAUUUGUUGGAGGAGUUCCAAGACCUUUGAGAGCUGUGGAGUUGGCAAUGAUAAUGGACCGUCUGUACGGUGGGGUGUGUUAUGCUGGUAUCGACACAGAUCCAGAGCUGAAGUAUCCUAAGGGGGCAGGGAGAGUGGCCUUCUCCAAUCAGCAAAGCUACAUAGCUGCAAUCAGUGCUCGCUUUGUUCAGCUGCAGCAUGGUGAUAUAGAUAAACGGGUUGAAGUAAAGCCUUAUGUUCUGGAUGACCAGAUGUGUGAUGAGUGUCAAGGGGCUCGCUGUGGAGGGAAAUUUGCACCAUUCUUCUGUGCUAAUGUAACUUGCCUGCAGUAUUACUGUGAACACUGCUGGGCCCAGAUUCAUUCUCGCCCAGGACGGGAGUUCCACAAACCUCUAGUCAAGGAGGGGGCAGAUAGACCCCGAGCAGUUCCUUUUCGCUGGUGCUAGAAGUCUUUUCAAGUCAGCUUAUUACUGGUGAUGAUAAUUAUUACAUAUAUUAACUAGUCCUCUUACCUCACUAGCCUAUUUUCACAUACCAAAGCAAUUACUACGGUGAUUAUUAAUAUAUAUGUUGAUCCAGUGGUUUCUCUUGGUGUUUGUGCCAUUCGGGUGUAAGCAAAUUUCUUAAAUGUUGUUAUUGAUUGUCUGAGUCAGAGAUGUUGCAAAGUGCAGCUGUAUUUUUAUUAUUCGUAUUUAUCAUCUUCGUCACAUUUGUUCGUAUUGGCUGUUCCAAGUAAAACACCUGCUUAUGCUUUGUCUGAUCUAGAGAACAAGCCAGAAUUUAGACUUUAUUUUUCUGACCACAUUGCUUGCCUAUGUUUACUAUUUGUUGACUGGUGUAUUGUCUUGAUCUCACUAUACCAAAGACUGUUUGUGGUACUGUGUUCAAGCAGAUGAUUCUUUUUUUAUCUAGUCAGAAUCUGAAGUUAUGGAUGCACUUUGUGCCACUUGGUUGAUGAGUAUCUACUAUCUUUCAGUUCUAUUUCGUUGCCUUAGUUGUAGCUCUGGCAUCACGGUAUUAAUUUGUUUUAAGUCUGACACUCAUGGCUACAUUUUAAUAUAGCUCUGAAAGAGGGUAUAUCAAAUGUAAGAAAAACAGAAAAAAAUAUAUAAAAAUAUUUAUAAGUAUUGCUUUAUUAAUAUAUAUUAUAAAUUAGACAAUCAAUUAUAUUUUUGUUUCAUUAUUCUCAUACAAGUAUUUAUAGUAAAGUUGUAUUUUAUGUGAAUGAUUGCACAUUGGAAGUUAUUUCUAAGGAUGAGUGAGUUCUGUCUAGUCAGAAAUUUUCAAAUCAGUGAAGUGUAUGUUUUUGUAGAGAGGUUGGUCAAAGACAUACCGUUGUGGGAUUAUAGUAUGUUGAUGGCUUUCUGCUUUCAGUUGGUGUAUAUACAUUUGUGACCAUGGCUGCUUUCAGCAGUCCUCACAGCAGUAGUAUUUAAUAUCCAUUCAUUGUUAUAUGACAUAAAUUAAUCUGAAUUUCUAACUUUAUGAGAUACCUAGUUUUUACUGAUGUUAACCAAAUCUUCCACAGUUUUGCAAGCGUUUUUUAAUCUUCAUUAAAUUAUCACAAAUUUUGACUAAAUGUUUAUUCCGUAUAAAUGUUGUGGAUUGUUUGCAUUUGUAUCUGCAUACUGGUCGUGUAUGUGGUGGUAAAUCUAGGCUACGUAAAAACACCCGAAAGGUUCAGUUUUCAUAUAGUGAUGGGCAAGAAAUGGAUAUAUGGAUAUGUCUACAUACUUCUCAUUGUUAGAAUAUGACCUUUCUUUUAUACUACAGUUUUGGUCAGUUUCUUGAUGUAUAUCACCAGUAGAAAGUGUCUUUUUUUCUGUUGCCAAAACAUGUGGUUGUAGGUUAAAGAUGUGUUGUAUUACAGGUGAAGACAGUUCAUUUUUCGAUCCAAUAAGUUGGAAUGUUUGUAUAACACUUCUUGUCCUUCUUUUAUGUUUGAAGGUGAUAUAACAGUAUGUGUGAAAGAGAAAUCCUUCAACACAAAGUUUAUGUUUAAAGUUGCUCAAUGGCUUAUUUUAUUAUGAUACAUAGUGAUAGUGUCCAGUUUGUUAAACAGAAUCACCAUGGUAGUGUCCUACCAUGUAUAUUUAUUAUACUUAUUUUCUUGUUGUAUAUCUGUUACUUAGUGAAGAAUCUUCUUCGUAGCCUCUACAUAUCAAUAUAGGCGUGCAAGUUGUUCCUGUGUGGCUGGUAUAUGUGUUGUGCAGUUGAUGAUAGCAGAGUAAGGUGUGCAGAGUUGUAGGAUAAGAAAUUGUGUAUUUUUACUGGUAUCUGUAAUUUCACUUCAAAGGUGUAUAUGUGAAAGGUAGAAGAAUAUUGUGCAACGGUUUGAUGUUGACAUAACUUGUCUUUGUUAAUAUUAGGGCUGUUUGGAAAAGGUGAUUUGCUUUUGUAAUACAGGUGGUUUUGAAAUCUGGAAUUCCAGUUCCCUACUUUCUAUAAAUAUUCCACAUGAUGUUCUUCAAUGGUGUAGUUUGAAAAGAAUCCCAAACUAAGUGUUGAGAGUAAGAAAUGUACAAAAAACAAAAAAAAAAAUUUAAAACAAGAUUGAGGAAAAUGGAAAAGUUAUGAGGAGAAAACUGAGAAAAGAACUACAAUUUAUGAAUAAAUUAGCGCUUUUUAUUUUUCAUCCCACAUUUUGCAUACAACAGUGAAACAGUUUCAGCUUUUAUGAAUUUUUUAUUGUUGAAUACCAAUUUCAAAGUUUGAUAAUACUUGACAGUUUGUAAUUUAUGAAGUUCCAUUUUUCAAACGUUUGUAAUAUUCCACAAUUUUGUACUUCAGCAUUUUGGAUUUCUGGUGAAAAAAGAAAAAUACAUAAAGGAAAAAAAAGUGUUAUGAAAUUGCCACGUUUGACAGGAAUUUUUAGCAUUAUUAAAUUAUUGUAUUGAAUUCUUUGGUAUAUGGUGCUAUUUUGUUGGUAAAGUAAGAAAAAGACUUGGCCCAUUUAUGACAAUUUUCAGUCCUCAUGGAAUGUAUGUAGAAAGUUUAUGUUGUACUCCUUUAUUUUUGUACUAUUUGACUUGAAGAUUUGCCUAUGCCAUGAUGAGAAUAUUUGAACUGAUCUGUGAUUACUUAUGUCAAAAUGCUGACCUUUGCUCCAGGCCUCGGCAUAUCACCCUCAGUUUUUUUCCCAUUUGUAUGAUGGUGAUGGGUCACGAACUAUCACAAAAAUCCCCUUGGCAUGUUGCAAGACCACUUUCUGUAGAACUUUCUUGGGUAAACCUUUCAAGUGUAAUGUGAUGUUCCUAGUCUGUGAUUGCAGCAGGAUGGCCUCAGUUUAUUGUAUGUUAGUAAAUGUUUGUUCUGGACCCCUACUGAUGUGUGCUGAUGCAGUCCUGUCAGCAUUUAUUGUAGCCUGUCCAGACAAAACUUACGAAAUCUUUCGAUUUCAAAUGUAGUGAUAGAUGGAAGGUAUUCAUGCCUUUAUUAGGUUUCCUUUUCAUUGUAUUAUGAUUAUCUAAACUAUACUUGUGAUGCGUGGCUCUCCAUGGUGUUCGCUGUCUGCAGUAAUCUGACUGUACUGAGCAGAGACAGUGUUGUGCCUACUUCCCUAACUCCAUGUGGCCAUUCGUUGCACAACCACAAGUGUGCGCUCCAUCGAAAUCCCCAGGUCCAGAAAAUGGGCCAGGUCCUUCAUGUACUGUUGUGCAAUACAAUUUACCACAGUCAGCAAGUAUACUAGUUUUGUACUAAAAGAUGAAACGAAAACAAUUCCAAGUCUUGUGCAAAACAGACAGUCCAGUGCUGGUGUGCAACCGAGCAUUUAACAAAUCCAGUCUUGCAUGUUGAUUUUUUUAAUAUUUGCCCAGACAUGCGACUUAUGCCUUUUCAUUGUUCUGAUGAUAAAGACAAUGCUGCCACCUUUUAAUAGUGGUUGGUUCAUUAAUGUUCCACUUAUUUUUGGUAUUGACUGUAAAUACAUAGAUUUUUCCAAGAAAUUUUGUCCCACUUAAUAUUUUUUGGUAUACUUUUCAUCAGUUGUAUCAUUAUUACUUAUUCUGGUCAGUGACGUGUUUGUUUACUGAUGUGAGAAGUCAACAUUUUUUUGUGACGCCUUUGUCUCUUCAGUAGUUAAUCCAUGCAGUUAAAACUAACUUUUGAAGUUAAGAUUUGAUACAGUAUUAGUAUUAUGUCAUGUUUUCUGGGAUACAUUGUAUAUGAUUGUGUUGAUAAAGCUGAGUUUAUUUUCUGUUCUAACUUGAAUUAUUUUUGGAGUCAUGAUUUUUUUAACAUUUAAUGGUUAAGCAAAUGCUUUCCUGUUAAUAAUUAGCAUUUAUAGUCAGAUUUGUGGUAAUGUGUUAUUCUGAAUAUGAAAGUUGGUCUAUGGAUCACAUCCAUAAAUUCACACUAAAGCACAGGUUAUUCUUGUCCAUUCAUCUGCAUGCUUGAAUAAUAUAUCACAGUUUAUUGACCAAUUUUCAUACCAGUUGUGUUUUGUAUAUGGGAAGUUUUCUUAGUUAUUUUCCGUUGUAUGCAGUUAAUGAUAUCCCAAAGUUUCUAUGUUUUUUAAAAUAAUAAAAGCAGUCAUUCUUUUAUAAUGGAUAUCACUGGUGUCUUUGGUGGUUUAUUUUGGACAUUUACCAUGAUUUUCUAUGGAAGUACAUAUAUAUAUAAGUUGAACUAGUCAAUGGUCAAACCAUGUUGGUACCGUGGUGUGGUAUUUCCAUGGUCAAGUUGAUGGUGGUUUCAUGUUCUCCAGCUGCCAUGUUAUUUAUACUUUCAAUUAAUUUUUAAUAUCUUUCUAACACUUACGUUUUGUGUAAUGGAUUCUUUGGAUUAAUAAAGCGUUUCAUCUGCAAGA